AUGUCGCCAAGUGAAUGCGAGGAAAAGCCCCAUGCAGGUGGUGCAAACCUUCGUCCAGUCGUCUCAUCAUCCUCUCCUCAUGAAGAGAGAUCCUUCCACUGUGAGGAAUCUCCUUCUUACUAUACCCCUGAAGAUGCGAUUUCACCACCCAAUAACCACCGUCCAAAAAAGACAGAGAAAGUUUUUUCCGAGCCUUACACCCACUUUGUACCAUCAAAUUCUACCUUUAAUGGAGAGCCUUCCCUGGAAGUGAGUGUGCCAACAACAACAACAAGCGCAAGUCCACAACAAUCGCGCUUCAACUCUGCAAUUCAAAAACCCGCCACACAACACAGACUGGUUGCUCCCCAGCGCGAGCUUGAACCACACAACUUCCCCAAAUUGACUCAAAAGGAAAAUAAGGCAUUCAUCUCCCUUAAUAAGAUAUCCUCCAUUCCACAAGGGCGCACGAUGAGCAAUCAGCAAACCAACCAAAAACAAUAUUUCUCACCGGUUGAAGCAAACCGUUCCAAUCUGUCCCACAACCAAGGUCAAAACAUGGUUCAGAGAGAUGAAGGCAGCGAUGAGCAAUACAUGGAAUUUAAUUCAGGACAAAACCACAAUCCUCCUAUUGAACGAGGAGAUUCCUCUCCGAUGAUGAAUCCUCUUCGACAGCAUCAACAGCCACCUUACAGUUCGGCCAAUCAUUCUUCUCCAUGUAACAGCUUCCAAGCACCACAUGGAGUAUAUUCUUCCUACGAUCAAACACAUCAGCCUCUUUACAAUAAUCAUCAACAUUCCUACCCCAUGAAUCAAGGCUUUGAGAUACAGCAUCAACAACAACAACAACAACAGCCUCACAUGGAGCUCACUCACAACGAAACUGCACUCACAUCCAGCAUGUACAAUGCUGAUGGCGGCAUUCAGAGAGAAAGCCUCGCUCGUCGUCCUUACUUGCAAACUCUUCAUCUUUCAACUCCUUCUACUGGUUGUGUCUCACAUGUUGCAUCCGCUUCAUCAUUGCUUCCUUCUACAAAUUCAUACACCUCUACUGCCAUCAUGGAGAACCCUGUUCGAGAGGAUAACAGCUUAAAUCAUAACUUAGGUAAUGAAACAUGUAGUAAUCCUCUUUUAGAUCAGCAAAAUCUACAAAUUGUACCACCUUUGGAAGAAACAAACUCUAAAAUCAAGGCAUCACCAACAAUUCCUCCGAUAGGCAUGCUUAAGGCAACAUCCUUAGGAAAGAAAGUUAAUGGCAGGUAUACCAAGCUUCGAAAGCAGCUGAGAUCAUUUGGAGGUGAUUUUACCGACAAUUACUUUGUUUUGGAUAUCGCAGCAUCUUCUUCAGACAGCAAAAUCAAUAGCUCUGCCAAUACUCCAGGAGGUUCAUCCAUGCCUCCCUCUAAAAUUGCAAAGAAACAACAACAACGCAAAUAUGAUCUUUCAAACACAACUUCGCACCACAUUGUAACCACACCAGAAAGUGAUAAACAACAACACCAACAACAACAACAACAACUCGAGAGAAAAUCACGUGGUGGAAGUGGUGGAUCGAAACGAACUGCAAACAGGCACUUCACUCAUCAACAAUUUGAACCCAUCUCCACAACACCCACUCCAAUUAUUCCAAUAACUUUGAACUCUCCUCCUUCAGCAUCCUAUCAUAGAAACCUCUAUGCAUCGAGUGAUAUCAUGCAUGAAAUGUGUCCUUCUCCUUCAACAGCUACUAGUUACUUGUAUCAUAGCCAAAGCACACAUCAGAUACCUUCUUUUCUAUCAUCUCCUCAACAGUCAAAUCCUCCACAACAAUUUUCAUUAUCUUCACCAUCACAUCCAUCAUAUAUUCCAUAUUCUUCGGUAAAAACAGCUGAGAUAAUCGGUUCACAAGCAUCAGGUCAAGAAACGUUGAAAUUAAUGAACGAACAACAACAAGUGCAUACAUCACGACAUUCUUCAAUCUAUGGACAUCAAGAAACAGUAGCCACACAGUAUAAUGAUCCUCAUCAUCGGCAAAUGUCUGAACAAUACUUUAAUUGCAGUCGAAAGAACAGUAUUGGUGCAAACACUUCACACAACGAGCCCAAUGAGGAUUCCUCUCAAGCAUUGUUGAACUUUUUGGUCACUCUAAAUUCUUCAAGUGGAAAUACACAGAUCAUUGAUGAAAAUACGACAAUUUCCUCAAUGCUCUUGUCUUCCAAAGAAAGCACUACCUCUCAUCCACAACACCAUGUACCAACAGUUAAUUUUGUGGAUCAGAAUAUGACCUCUUCUCGAACAACUUCAUUAAUUGGACAGCUAGAUCUCAUGCCACCUGAAGAUAAAUCACUCUACCUUAAUAUGCUGUUGAAUGAAUUAAAACAUCAAAACAACAACAAGUAA